GACACUGGGGAUGCUGCCCCCUAUCACAUGAUGGAAAUUUCCACUCUUUGGGAAGGCGAAAAGAAAAGAAAGGAGGGUCUCUCAAUCCACCCUUUUCCGAUACUUCCCCUGGAUCCCAAUCGGCAGAGGUAGAAAAAGACACAGGAAACAUUGGAAGAAGAGGAAACUGUUGCAAGUUAGAUUCUGGACACAUUGAAUUUAAACUGCCUCUGAGAUAUGCAAGUAUAUACAUCAGUUAGGAGGCUGGACAUAGGCGGCUGGAGCUCAGAGAAGAGGCCUGGCCCAAAGAUGGACCUUGGGAUAUGAAGUCUUGGGAGUCAAUGAAAGAGUGUUCUGAACACCAGCCUAAAGUGGAAGAGCCUGAGGCUGAAGGUGCAGUAUACUGUUUACACUGAAGGAGCUUGUGUGUGGACAAGAGGUGCUGGCAGCUCAAAUGGAUCCCAUGGAGCUGAGAAAUGUCAACAUUGAACCUGAUGACGAGAGCGUCAGUGGAGAAAGUGCUCAAGAUAGCUACACCGGGAUGGGUAAUUUAGAAAAGGCAGCAAUGAGCAGUCAAUUUACUAAUGAAGAUGCUGAAAGUCAGAAAUUCCUGACAAAUGGAUUUUUAGGGGAAAAGAAGCUGGCAGAUUAUGAUGAUGAACAUCAUCCUGGAACCACGUCCUUCGGAAUGUCUUCGUUCAACUUGAGCAAUGCCAUCAUGGGCAGUGGAAUCUUGGGCCUGUCCUAUGCCAUGGCCAACACGGGGAUCAUACUUUUUAUAAUCAUGCUGCUUGCCGUAGCAAUAUUAUCACUCUACUCAGUUCACCUUUUAUUAAAGACCGCCAAGGAAGGAGGGUCUUUAAUUUAUGAAAAACUAGGGGAAAAGGCAUUUGGAUGGCCUGGGAAAAUUGGAGCUUUUGUUUCCAUUACAAUGCAGAACAUUGGAGCAAUGUCCAGCUACCUCUUUAUCAUUAAAUAUGAACUACCUGAAGUAAUCAGAGCAUUCAUGGGACUUGAAGAAAAUACUGGAGAAUGGUACCUCAAUGGCAACUACCUCGUCAUAUUUGUGUCUCUUGGAAUCAUUCUUCCACUUUCUCUUCUUAAAAAUUUAGGUUACCUUGGUUAUACCAGUGGAUUUUCUCUUACCUGCAUGGUGUUUUUUGUCAGUGUGGUGAUUUACAAGAAAUUCCAAAUACCCUGCCCUCUGCCUGUUCUGGAUCACAAUGUUGGAAAUCUGACAUUCAACAAUACACUUCCAGUGCACAUGGUAAUGCUGCCUAACAACUCCGAGAGUAGUGGGGUGAACUUCAUGAUGGAUUACACCCACCAGAAUCCUGCAGGUCUAGAUGAGAACCAGGCCAAGGGCUCUCUUCAUGGCAGCGGAGUGGAGUACGAAGCACACAGUGAUGACAAGUGUCAACCCAAAUACUUUGUAUUCAACUCCCGGACGGCCUACGCGAUUCCUAUCCUAGCGUUUGCUUUUGUGUGCCAUCCAGAGGUCCUUCCCAUCUACAGUGAACUUAAAGAUCGGUCCCGGAGGAAGAUGCAAACCGUGUCAAAUAUUUCCAUCACGGGGAUGCUCGUCAUGUACCUCCUUGCUGCCCUCUUUGGUUACCUAACCUUCUACGGAGAAGUUGAAGAUGAACUACUACACGCUUACAGCAAAGUCUACACAUUCGACACCCCUCUCCUCAUGGUACGCCUGGCGGUCCUUGUGGCUGUGACGUUAACGGUACCCAUUGUCCUGUUCCCAAUUCGUACAUCAGUGACCACGCUCUUAUUUCCCAGAAGACCCUUCAGUUGGAUAAGACAUUUCUUGAUUGCAGCCAUACUUCUUGCACUGAAUAAUGUUUUGGUCAUCCUUGUGCCAACUAUAAAAUACAUCUUUGGAUUCAUAGGGGCUUCUUCAGCCACUAUGCUGAUCUUCAUUCUUCCAGCAGUGUUUUAUCUUAAACUUGUCAAGAAAGAACCACUUAGGUCGCCACAAAAGGUUGGGGCUUUAAUUUUCCUUGUGGUUGGAAUCAUCUUCAUGAUUGGAAGCAUGGCACUCAUUAUAAUUGACUGGAUUUACAAUCCCCCAAAUUCCAAGCAUCACUAAC